AUGUGGAUAUGGGAAAAUCUUAGCACUAAGGCCAAGACAAGGAAAGGAAUAUGAACUGACAAUGGAAAAAGAAGAAACAUGUGAUGAACUGACUGAGGGAUUGUUAAUUAAAGGAGUGAACUGUGAAAUAAAGAAACUGCAAAAUAGAGAUUAUGUUGUUUCCUUCAUGCACCUGCCCGUCUACCUUGAUGAUAAAGACAUUUUUAGAAAAUUGGAGGGAUGGGGAGUUAAUCCCAUAUCAAAAUUAAAAAGAAGAUGCUACCCGGGCACUGAAAUAGAGGAUGGAACAAGGUUUUUAAAAGUGCGAUUCCCCAAGGAGGUGGCAUCAUUGCCCUACAGCACAAAGCUGGAAACAGCAGAAGGGCCGCAGUACUUUAGGGUGAUGCACAGCCACCAGGUGAAGACCUGUAAGCUGUGCAUGAGCCCAGAUCACCUGCUUAAAGAAUGCCCUGAAUUUAAGUGUCACAAGUGCGAGGAAAGGGGACAUUUCGCAAGGGACUGCAACGCGGUCAGAUGCCCGGAGUGUCAAAAAAUUUUAAAUAAGUGUGAGUGUUGGAUGGAGGGAGAGGAAGGCGGUCUGGAGCAUCAGGUGGACGGACAGGUGCAUGAAGGAAACACUGAAGAGGAAGGAGAUAUUGAUGAAGGACAAGGGGAUGAAGGAUUACCACAGAAGGAAACAGGAGGAGGAACAGGCAACAAAGAGAAAGAAGAAGAAGGAAAAAAUAAUUUUAUGGAUGAGGAACAAACAGUAGAACAGAAUACUCAAUGGACAGAAAUGGAAAUAUCGGACAGUUUUAAAAAUCUUUUGGAUAAUGUGGAGAGUGAUGGACAAGGAAUGCAUGAUCAAAACAAAGAAAUGGGCAGUGAAGAAGAAACAAGGAUGGACAACAUGGGAAAAGACAGAGGGGAGAGAGGACAAAGUAGAAGGAGAACAUUAAAGGUAAAACCAAAUGUGGAAAAUGUAAGAAAAAAGUUAAUGACAAGGGGCCGAGUAAAAAGUGUAAACAGAUAUGAAGUGUUAAGAGUGCUGGAGGGAGAAGAUAAAGAAUAAUGUUUUUUAGGUAUCUAUUUUUAUUUCUUUUAAUGGUUUUAAGUUGUGUUACUUUUAAUGCAAGGGGACUGAUGGACAUGGGUAAAUUUGAAAAGGUGAAAGAAAUGUGUAAAAGAGAGGAUGUGAUUUUAUUACAAGAAACUAACUGGAGGGAAGAGUACAUGACUGAAAUAAGGAAAAGGUGGAGUGGAGAGAUUUUUUAUAACAAUGGUGAUGGGAGGCUGGGUAGAGGAGUUGCAAUUUUAAUAAAAGAAAACUGUGGGGUAUCAUGUAAAACAAUAUAUAAUGACAUAGAUGGGAAAUGUAUUGCGGUUGAAAUGGAGUACGAGGAGAAAAAAGUUAUUGUAGUUAAUA